UUUACAAAAUGUGUCAUCCGGUUCGUGCUAGCAGCUAGCACAACUGCUGAAGUCCUGGUCUUUUCUCACGAGUCCGGAGAGUUUUGUGCCAAGUGCCAACGCCGGCAUGUCUCCUAUAGCAUCGGCAUGAUAUUGAGGUGUUCAAAGUGGGAUUCUCUUUAUGUUGUAGUGGUUAGAGGAAGCGAAGCUCUGCCCAGGUUGCUAGCUCUAGCUGUGUAGCAACGACAGCUGUUAAGUCUGUCAUGAUAUGCAACCGUGUGCUGUUGAGCUUCAGUCUGCACGGGUUGAAAAGUGUUUGUUUACAGAGACCGAGUGUCGUGAGGGAGCUCCGAGUUUGCAAUCUGCAUUCAACAUUUUCCAACAGGUGCAUUCAAGCAAAAACGUCCGAACCACCGACACACCGGUCCAGACCUCAGAUUGCAGUUCGGUUCUGUGUCUGUUUGCCAGCGGUGAGUGCCAUGCAGCCAGCCAGCACCUCCUAUGGAGGAGAGGCCAAUGCUGUUGCCUCUGAUGAGGAAGAUGAGGAGGAGGAGGGUUGUGCUGCUGGUGGGACUGAAGCCCUGGUUGACGCGGAGAGCAAAACGCAACAAGAUAAGAUGAUUAUUACAGGUCAGGUUGAGGCGAUCAGCAUGGAGGUCCAUAGAAGGAUGGCAGAUGCUGGAACAUGUACAGUGUUAACUCCAACGGAACCAAAUGAAAAAAAAUCCAAGAGAAAGAUGAGGAGGGAGAAGCUGAAGCUGAUGAAGAGGAAACUCAAAUCAGCCGAAGCGUCCGCCAGCUUAAUGUCAGAGCUUCCGUUUGCGCUGACCAGCCCAACCACAUGGAAAGAGCUUGGUUUCCCCACCCUAGAGACGUCUGAGAAGAAAAGGAAGAGAAAAAGAAAAGACAGUGGGGGCCAAUUGGAUAGCGAGGAAGAUGGUGACCUGAAGAAGAAAAAGAAGAAGAGCCAGAGACCUAACUACUUUGUCUCUAUACCCAUUACUAACACUGAGAUAAAGGCACUUGUGAAAGAGGUCCAAGAAAGCGUGCUUCAACAGGAGCCCCGGCUGGCGAAAGCGAUGAUCCCUGUCCCGACUCUUCACAUCACACUGCUGGUCACUCAUCUGGCCAGUCAGGAGCAAGUGGAACUGGCGGCUGCCGCGUUGGCUCAGGUCGAGCCGUCAGUGGCUGAGCUGCUGGGUGGGCGGGGCCUGGUUCUGCCCUUCUCGGGAAUCCGUCAUUUCAGGAAGGAGGUGGUGUUUGUUGGACUGGACGGCGGAGAACACAGACACACACUGGACAGCCUCGCAGAGUUGCUGCGGAGGCGUUUCGAGGAGCAAGGUCUCCUACAGGAAGACUGUCGCGACUUUGAGCCCCACCUCACCAUCAUGAAGCUGUCCAGGGCGUCAAAACUACGAUUCCAGGGAAUAAAGCGAGUGGAACCAGGCCUUUACUCCGACUACACAAACAAAUUUUUUGGAAACCAGGCGGUGGAGCGUUUGGAUCUGUGUUCUAUGUUAAAAAAGAAGCAAAAAGACGGAUAUUACCACACCGAGACUUCACUACAACUAGGUGGACGUCGCCGCUCGGAGCCCGACGAGGCUGAGCUGCUGAGGGUCAGCAAGAGAUUGGUCGAGGAUGCCAUCAGCCGCGCGUUGCAGCAGUACAAACAGGAAACGCUUCAGAACGGGGGCGGGCCCAACGCCGCAGCGGUCCAGCCGCCCGGGAGUGCGGGGGAGACGAAGACGGACACUACGGCCAACUCCUCCACGGACAACAGGAAGUGACAUCUCUGCGCGGAGGCAAACGGACUUUGGACAACCGGCGGCCCAGAACAGAUCAGCCAGACCUGGCUAAACAUGGGGGGGAGGGGGGGGGAGUGAGUGAGACCGGCGCUCAAAGCCAGAACCGGUCAGCCUCCCACCUUAGCUAGCCGGGCAAAGCGCUGAAUAAUUCGGUAAUAUUGCUUCACCUCGAUGCUCCGUGACUGUCAUAGCAGGACGCCUUGCUAAUUAACUCUCCGUUGUCCAGGAAACUCGUGAAGCGCUCGUCCAAUCGCAGGCUUCACUGUGAGCUGCCGCAACAAACUGCCCAUUCAGAGUAGAGACGGUUAUAUUUUCUAGAAACGUUUGGUCCGCUGUCACCUGCACUUAAAACCAGCUCAGCGACGUCCUUACGAUCGGUUGCGGGUGAUGUUUGAAACAAAUCUCCUCCCAGACGACUCCUCCGCUCAUCACUGUGUGGCCUGAGCUGGUCUGACUCACCCAGGCUGGGUUCUUCCCGCCUGAAUCACGGUUCAGGGUGUCGGGCUUUUCCUAAUCGGGCUGUCAUGAUCGGGACGUGGAUUUUCUUUUACCUGCCAGCAUUUUCUCCCCCUCUUCAGAUGUCUGCCUCCGCCGGGUCUCAGAAACACGAGCUUUAAGUGUUGUAUAACAGCCCCGUUUGAUCCCAGUGUUCCUCUCUGAGACAAUCGCCAAGCCAGGUCGCGUCUGGUCGCAGGUUCCCGAAGCCGAGCCGGACUCCAGCGUUUCGAUUCCACGAGCGCCCUUCUUCCACGCAGUGCAUUAGAGUAAUAGAUGACUACAGAUAACACUAACUCAGUCCAGGAAGAUGGGAGGCAGUGAUUGCUAGAAAAUAAUGCAAUGACUUUGUUGCCAAGAACACAUCCGUACUUGAUCGAUGCCAAAACUGACACCGUUGUAUUGUUUUCCCCGUCUACCGUCUGUCCUUUUUUUGAAAGAGUGAAACGGCUUCUGAAGACCUGAAACAGAUUAUUUAUUCAACGUCUGCCGUUUAAAGAUUGAGGCAAACCUUGGGUCGAAGACGCGCUCGAGUCUGGCCGCUUGAUGCGACUUUUUUUUCUUUUCUUCUUUCCAGACGUUCUUAGCGUGAUCUGAAAAGCUUUUGUCGGGUAGCAAUUGUCAAGGAGGCAAACUCUGUCAGACGAAAGGCUCGCCAGCUCUUAAGUUUGGAGACCUCUGUUUGUUUUCCAUUUUUCGUUUUUUGUUUUUCUGCAUUGUGCGUGGCUCUGCAGCUCGUUCAGCCAAUUCAUGCCAUUCAGAAAUAGACGCCCGUCGGCACGAAAUUGAAGGAGAUUAGAUUUUCCUGAAAGGCUCCUGGAGGUAAUUGAUAGUGAAGGAUGAUGCGGGGAUAAGCAGAUACAUUUAAUCACUUUUAAGGUUUUAUUUGCUUGUUUUAUUUGACGCUGAAGCAGAAUCUGUUCUCCGAGAGUAAAAAUAUGAUUUCAUGUGAAAGUAUAUAUACAGUGUAUUUAAUUUUUCUGUUACUGGACAGUGACAUUUAAUUUUGAAAAUCUUACAAGCACAAAAGUUUCAAUUUUAUUUUUAUUUUUUUAAAGCUGUUUUUGACUUCAGGUUCGUUGACGUGGAACGAUGUUCAUGCCGUUAAAUUCGACCCACCUGUGCUGAAAGUGGCCUUCUGUCACUAAAAACAAGUUUUUUGUGAUUAUAGUUUUGUUGUGACUUGCCGUGGUGAUGCGUUGGUGACAUUUUGUAACCGGAGUGAAACCAGCUCCUAAAUGUCAACCUUUGGACAAAGAUUAUUAUUAUUAUUUUUUUUUUUAGUAAAAUAAGUUUUAAAAAAAACACGUUAAAACAGCUUUUGUGUUGAAUCCAAGCUAUUUGCAGCUUCCUGUCCUUCGAGCGCAAACAGCUCGGAGCGUGAAACUACGGCUAAACCCACAGAAGCACCGUGACUCUGGGCAGCCGCUCAUUUUGUCUUGGGGUGGACUUUGAACGUUUUGGGGUUUUUUUCUGGUUUGGUCUUUUGCUGUCACCGGAUCCUUAAAUCUCCACGAAGAAUCCCCUUUAAUGCACAAGUUGUCCUGUUGGCCUCUGUGAUUGUUCAUCUGUCUCUGAAAGCCUGUGAGAGUGUGUGCUCUCGUUCACAUGGUGUCCAGGGGAUGUUUGAUCAGUGGAUCCCCCUACGUGUCUCCUCCUGUCUGCAUCAGUCAUGACAACGUCCGGUCGUCUGUGGAUGUUGUUUGUCUUUCCAUGUAUCCACACGUAUGUUGGGUCGUGUGUGUGUGUGUGUGUGUGUGAGUGUGUGUUCUUUGUACUGUGUCUUGUAUACCUUGUUCUGCCAUGUCUGAACAAUAAAACAGGAUAUGACAUUUAAAACCAA